CAAGAGCUGAGAACCAUUUUAUCCACAACAAAUGAGGCCCCAAAUUCUAUCUUCCUAAUUCUUCAAUUCCAAUGGCAUCACUCUUGCUCGGAGCUCCUCCAAUGGCAAUGCCUAUGCCCUCCAAAUCUGUCACUCUUUCCUUCUCCAAAUCCCAAUCCUUGUUCACCGCUUCCCUCUCGACUUCUCUCACAUCAAUCUCAUCUCCACCCACUUCUCCAGCUCUCCCUUCAAUAUAUUGUGGCAGAGGGGACAAGAAGACUGCUAGAGGCAAGCGUUUCAAUCACUCUUUUGGCAAUGCGAGGCCAAAGGACAAGAAUAAGGGAAGAGGACCGCCGAGGGUUCCGGUACCGCCGGCGCCGCCUAGGAAAGAUAAGUAUGAUGAUGGAGAGGUAGUCAAGAUUGAAAUUGACGAGUCUUUAUUUUCUAAUUGAUCGGAAUUGGGAGAGUCCGUAUUUUGUUUUGAUUUAGUAAAAAAACUCCCUUUUUUUUUGUUAAUUGGAAUAUAAAUUCAGUAUGAACUGAAUGUAAUGUUAUUAGUUUGAUAGUUCGAAGUUUCCCUA